AUGGCGUUGGGGUUGAGGACGGGGCAGAUGGAUUCCAAGCUUAGUCAAGAGGGGGUUGGUGCGAUUGGGGGAUAUGGCGUCACCGUCAGGGACGGCGCAAAUGGGUUUCAAACUGGUGCAAUUUUCUUGAUGGAGAGAGAUUUUCAUUUGAUUUCUAGUUUUAGCAAGAUGAUGAUGAUGGAUGAUGAUGAUGAUGGUGAUGAUGGAGGCUCUUUAAAGAAGAAGACGGAGUCUGAUAGAAUGGGAUUAGGGUUUAGUGACAAUAAGCUUUUGAGCAUGGUUUGUGAACGGGUUAAAUUGGUUGACUCAGUUUUUGUAAUAGGUCUUGCUGAAUAUUUUACAGGUAGUGUUAUUACAAGAAAAAUGGUGUCUGGAUGUUCAAGCACUUCAUUAGUGGCAUCUCCUAAAAAACAAUCAAUAAAGGAAGCAACAGAAAAGUCUCCAAUGACAUCGGCAUCUCCUCCAACUCAAGCAAUAGAAGAAGCAGUUAAAAAGUCUCCACAAAAAUCAUCUUCUCUUCCAAUACAUGCAAGAGAAGAGACAAAUGAAAAAUAUUCAUUGAAACCAUCACCGCUAUUGUCUAAGGUGAAAUCUUUAGACAUACCAUCACUAAGACCGAUAUUGAUGGAGAAUGAACAUUUUACAAGUCGUGUAUCUGUAGCCUACAGGAUACAAGUGUUGAGGAAUGUACGAUCACUACUUUGUUAUGAAGAUUUGGAAGCAUUCACAGCUUCUUGUUUUGGUCAUCUUCUUAAACUAAUCGAUCUAGCGAAGAGUAGUGGGCAGUUGAUACAUUUUCUUUUACAGAGGCGGGUACAAACUAAUAAAGAAAAUGAGUUAUGGUUUGAUAUUUAUAGUCAACCUAAAAUCCAAUGA